AAGAUAAAUAUGAUGAUAGGGAUGAGGAUGAGGAUGAAAAGUGAGCUGUAAAGAUUUGUGAUCUUUUGAAACGGAAAUAAACUUCGGUCAACAUCACUUGAGAUUGAUUUCUGUUUAAUAACAAUUGACAUUUUCUCUCUCUUAAUAUUGGCACUUAAUUGAGACAAUUAAGUUGAUUUUUCUUCUAUUUCUAGUGUAACAAUUAACUUACAUCUACUAUGGAACAACUAUGAGAAUGAUAAAAUUAAUUGUAGAGAAAAAUUUUCUUAAACUAAAAUGUAAUAAGAAAUUUAUCUUAAAUUAACUAAACUGUGUAAUUCAAAUCAAUUUACAGUUGAAUUGAUUCAACAAUUUACUCUGUGAAUUACAAUUCCAAUAACCAAUUGCCGUUGAUUUGUCAUCAAUUUUUUUGUGAUUCACUAUUAACGGAUCAGUCAACACACAAUCAACACAUCAACAAUUUAAGUGAAAGUUAAUUAAAAACGAUAAAUAUAUGAGUUAAUAUAUUAACUUGGACUUUUUUUCAUUGGUGAUACUUGAUCAACAAUCAAUCAAAUAUUAUUGAACUUUUUUCUUGACUCUUCAAUCAAGAGUAAAUUAAUAUUUAUCUAAAUGUGAUCAAUUUUAAUUGUUAACCAUAAUGGUUAAAAGUGAACCAUUGAUUGUUGAUCAUUUUCACACAUCAGAUAAUAUGAAUUUCAUUUUAUCAUCUUCUUCAUCACCGACAUCAUCUUCAUCUUCAUCAUUGUUACACUUUCCUUCAACUAAUCAUGUUGCAAACAAUUUAAAUCCUAAUUGUUCACGUAAUCGAACCCGUAAUUUAACUAAAUCAACAAUAAUUUCAAUCAACAAACCAAUUUCAUCACCAACUUUAUCUUCAUCAACAACAACAACAAUUAAAUCCCCUCAAGGUAAACAAUUAGUCUCAUUAAUACCAAAGGUAACAACAAAUUUAUCACCAUAUCAAUCAACAUUUAAUUGUAACAAUCAAGGUAAUACCAAUCAUCUUAAUCAACAUCCAAAUGAUAUAAAUCGACCCCAAGCAAGUGAUUAUUUUCAUAAUUUAAUUAAUUGCCACCAAUGGAAUGCAAAUGAUCAACAAUCAACACAUAAUCCAUAUCAAAUUAAUCAAUUUCAAAUUGGAUUAAAUCAUAAUGAUAAUAAUUUAUAUUUACCUUAUCAUCACAAUCAACAACAAUAUCAUCUUAAUCAACAACAUUGCUCAUCAUCAUCAAUUAAAUCAUCAACAUCUCCACCAUCAUCACCAGUGUCACCUUUAAUUGUCAACAACCAAUUGAAACAAUCACCAAGUAAAACCAGUGAUCAGUUAAUUGUAACCCAAUUAUCUUGUAAUGAUAAACUUUGUCCAUGUUUAAAGUCAAUUUCAUCAACAGAAUCACCACCAACAACAACAAUUAACUGUAUUCAAAUUCCAGAUUCAUCUUCAUCACCAUUAUCAUCCUCAUCCUCAUCUUCAUCCUCCUCAUCAACAAAACCCUCACCAAUGAUGAGAACUAAAUCAAAUAACAACAAUUUACCAACUGAUUGUCCAUUGAUUUGUUCAAACACCAACAAUCAUCAUCCAAAUAGUACCAAUGGUAAAUCAUCAAGCAAACCUCGUCGUCGAGUUGCAACUAUGGCUCAACGAAGAGCGGCCAAUAUUCGGGAACGGCGACGAAUGUACCACUUGAACACUGCUUUCGAUAAAUUGAGGAAAAAAGUACCGACCUUUGCGUACGAAAAACGCUUAUCACGAAUUGAGACCUUGCGAUUGGCGGUGAUGUACAUCACCUUUAUGACGGAAAUUCUGAGAGGUGGAUCAGCCGAACAGCGAAUUCCUCUUCAUCCAUCCAAUGGAUCAUUUCAAAAUCAUCAGAUCAACAUCGAAACCUCAUCAUCUUCAUCAUCAUCUUCAUCUUUAUCUUCAUCUUCAUCACCAACUUGGGAUUCUCAUCAUAAUCAAUGAUCAACAAUUAGAACCAAAAGAAAAACAAUUUUCCUCUCAAAGACUAACUGAUCACAAAUUUUUACUAUUUUUCCAAUUCAAAGUAAUCAACAAUCAACAAAAAAACUCUCACAAUUAAUAAAUUAAUUUUUCUACCAACAGAAUGCUAAGAAAAACCAAAUCUUUCGAAAAUUAUUAAUCAUAAUUAUCAAAUUGUAACAAUUUCCAUUCCAAGUUUAUCAUUGGAAAAGUUUUUUUUUCUUUCAGAGAAAAAUUAAAAAUCUCUUGACUUAAAUUGGUUUCUAUUAUUAUUUUUAAUUCUCUUCUUUUGUUUUUCUUAAUUGUUAGUAAAAAUUCACCAAUUUUCUGAUUACAAUCAACAAAUUGCUCAAAUUCUCAACCUAUACCAAUGGGAAUAGAUUCUCAACCUAUAUUAUUAUUAUAAGUUCUGGGAGUGAUUAUCAGUUCUAAACCUAUAAUAUUAUCAUGAUAUUAGAUGAUGAUAAUGAUCA